AGUUCGCUGGUAUGUUGUGUACACUUAUUUUAAUUUUCUUCUUAAAUCUAUGCUUGAUUGAUUUGAAAGUGCCGUGAAGUGAUUUAAUAUAAACAAUUAAUUUUAACUUUGCCAAGAUGGCAGACUCGGGCGAAGAGUUGUUCAGAAACUGCGUGGUCGAUUUUGACCGUGUGUCUACAUUGUUAGAAGAAGUAAUUAAAGGAAAAAUGGCCAACUCUGAGUCGGACACGCCCACUGAUGGUUCCGUUCCUUCACCUGCGCAGAAGCGAUUUAUUGGUUUAUUGCCUUAUGUGUACAGUGCGCAAAGCGAUCCCCACUCUUCCGCCGAGUACUCAAUAUCCGUGCCGGGUACGGCGAAACCCAGCGCCCCAAAAAAGCGUCCGAUGAAACGAGACCGUGAGACCAGUGACGGUAAUACAGAAAAGGGACAAAACAUGAAUAGGAACAUGGACGAAGAUGAGGUGAAACAAAAGCGUUUGUCAUUAGAUAUAGAACGUAAAAUUUGGGAUGUAACUCAUCGGAUAUUCCUGAUGGGCCGAGACAUUAAGAAACUAAAAGACCUUCUCGAUAAAGAUAUAAAAAUAGGAGAGUGUUAUAAUUCUGUGUUAGAUGCGGCUUUAAAAGACUUUAAAGUUCUGAAAAACCGUUUACAAAGUAUGCAACAAAAACAAUCUCAAAAAGAGAUCGAACUUCGUAAUAAAAUAAAUGAGAUGUUGAGAAUUGAGUCAGAGACGAAAGUUGCUGUUGAUAAUAGUAUUGAAGCGAUGAAAAAAGAAUAUCUUAAUAAAGAAACAGAAAUAUCUGCUGCAAUUGGAAAAAUGAAAGAUGAAGAAGCUCAAACGAAAAUUAAGAUAGAACGUGAUAUCAACAGCUUAAAACAAAAGUUGCUUACAGUGAAAAGAGAUUUUGACAAUAAUAUCAAUACUAUGCUAAAGAAUGAACGUAAGGAAAAAGACAAUCUUCAGUCCAAGAUAGAUAAAAUUGAGCAACUUUAUGCCGGUUUAAAAGGAGCCUCCGACAAAAGGAUCAAUGACAUGCAAAAUAAGCUAACUUUGAAAGAAGAAAAAUCGAACGCCGAAAUUAAAACUAUGCAAAGAAAUGAAACUGACAAGAUUCGUGAAAUUAAAAAUAAAAUAAAACAAAUUGAUUCUAAAGAAGCUAAAUUGACAAUGUAUAUUGAAAAUAAUAUGAAACGCAAAGAAAAUGAGUUAGUUGAGAAAGAGAAAGAUUACAAAAUUUUCGCUAAAAUAAUGCUGACGCAUGAAGCUGAGGAGAUACGUGAAAUUGAAGAUAAAAUAAAACAAAUUGAUUCCAAAGCAGCUAAAUUGAAAGUGGAUAUUGAAAAUAAGAUAAAACACAAGCAGAAUGAGUUAGCUGCGAAAGAAGCAUUGUUAAAUAGCAAACAAAAUAAUAGAGCUAGGCGUCCCGAAGAACAUAAUGAAGCAAGAAGCAGUGGCGUAGCGUGGCGGAGCCAGGGGUGCAAAUGCCCCGGGGGGCACGUUUUAGGAGGCGGCAAAAUUCCAUACUUACCUACUGCAAUAAUAAUAAAUAAUAAGCGUUUAAAGUCCGCCGAGGUAUCCUCACCCUUCAGCCGCUCAUGUGUAGGUACCUGUUGCCCUCUUGUCGCUAAAUCAUGUAACUGCAGCCGUCGACGCGCGUCGGGCGGCAACCGUCGACGCAUCGACGGCAGCGGUCGACAUUUCAACUUCAAAGAUCAGCGGCAGCCGUCGUCUGCAGGCGACGGCUGCAGUUACCUCUGCCGUUGGGAACAUGCCGCUCGUGUGUAA